UCAGCUGCAGCGUUUCCUGCAGCUGGUUAGUUCGUUUUGUCCAGCGGCGGUGGUGCCUCCCUGAGAUUCGAAAUGCCUGUUAAAAGAUCACUGAAAUUGGAUGAUCAGCUAGAAGAAAACUCAUUUGAUCCUUCAAAAAUCACAAAGAAGAGAAGUAUUACAGCUUAUUCUCCAACAACUGGAACUUGUCAAAUGAGUCCAUUUUCUUCUCCCACAAGCUCUAAAGAACAAGAGCCCGGAAAUGGGCCAUCAAAUGGAAAGAGAAAAAAAUUGAAUCACCUCAGUUUAACUGAAAGAAAGGAAUCUACAGUAAAAGACAAUGAUACAUUCAUGRUGUUGCUAUCUAAAGUUGAGACAUCAUCAGAAGAAAUCAUGGAAAUAAUGAAAAAUUUAAAUAAUAUAAAGGCUUUAGAGGGCAAUAGAGAGCUUGAAAAUCUCAUUAGUAUCUCCCGUUCAUCAUGUUUCUUAAAAAGAGAAGUGGAGAAAACCAAAGAACUAGUGACCAAAAUAAGAAAACAAAAGCUAUGUGAAAAGAAUUCAGUACUUCCUCACAAAGAAUUAUGUCAUCUUAACAGCUACGAAUUCCUUAAAGCCAUUUUAAAAAGAGGUGAGGAAACUGAAGCACAAAGAAGUUAAGUAUUUUCUCCCAGAAGCACCAAAGACAGAAAGCCAGGCAUUUAGAAGAAAUGCUCUCACUAUGAGUACAACUGCAUCUGCCUGAUCAUAUUUAAAGGAACAGAAGAAAUAUUUGUAAUUAAUCUGCCCAGUAAAUACCAGCUCAUAGCACUAGGCAGGUGCAAGUCUAGAUAAAAUUUCUUGCAGCUAAUUUAAACUUUCUACACACACCAAUAGAUAAUCUUAAUGUAAAUAUUACAUUUUUUCUUGACCCUUUAAUGUAAGCCAGCAUGUAGAGGAGGAUCUUGAUUUACAUUGUGUAUCAUGGAUGUUUUUGUGUACUGUUAGCAUUUGUGGAUAGUUACUAAAGUAUGUUUGAAAAUGGCUAUACAUCUGCUAGAGCUAUAUAUUUUCCUGGAACUCAGAUUAAAUCUAAUGGCGAGUUGAACUGGGGACCACUUUUCCCACUUAAAGCCUCAGGUACUUAUUAAUUUAUAGGUUUUUUUAGAUGUUUAAAAACUUAUUUAGGGACUGGA